AUGAAUUAACGAUCACUAUACUUUAAUUUCUAAAGGCUCAACAUUCCUGUAAAAUGUUUACCAGAAAAAAUAUUGUAAUCAAAUAAUAUCUCUACCACUUCAGAGGCUUAUGAUGGAAUUUCUAAUUUUAAGAAGUUGAUUUUAGAGUAUUAAAAAAAAUCAUAAUUCGAAAAAUGUCAAACAUUAAUUAAAGAUUACCUAAAAUGUCUCCUCAACUCUAAAUAAAAAUGUUAGUAAAAUUAUGAUACAUAAUACAGAUAAAAUUAAUAUGAAUUAUGAGGAGAUGGUUUUUUGGUUACAAAAAAAUUUUAUAAUUAGUCAUGAUCAAGCCUUGUAAUUGUAAAAAAUAUAUUAAACAUCAAUCGUUGACCAUUAAACAUUGAUUAAAGUCUUAUAUUUGCUUCACGAAUUUUUAGAUCAAGAUAAUUUUAGAAAUUCCAAUGUAUAAUAUUAUCAAUAAAUUAGUUAAAUGUUUUAGAAGAUAUUAAAUAAAUUCUCAACUGA